CCGCAGAGAGAUGUCUACGAAUUGAGAGUUGACUCGCUAGCUUAAUGUCACCAAAGUUAGCUAGUUAGCCUAUCAAAGUUAACUUACUUUAGCAGCCAGUAUCUAGCGUUUUUCUUUUGGUUGACUUUAUUUAAUAUAGGAAACUCGGACAACACAAGUUUGUGUGGAGACUUUGGCUGGUCUUGUGCUCGCACCAUGGCGGACAGCAGCAUGCUGACCUUAGGGACAGCUCGGAGUCUGUUGGCGGAUUCCUCUGUGUGUGAUUCCAGGAUUGUUGAAGUCACCAAUGACCACACUUUUCUGGCCGCAGCAUGUGAAGAUGGAGAAGAAAUGCUGCCUAAAGUGGAGACUCGCGUUGUCCUGGUGGGAGAAGCUGGGAGAAAUCGAGUUCUUCUUAAAGCUCUGCAGGCCAUCAGAUUGAUGGAGGUACCCGUGGUAAAGAUAAGAGAAGGUGAUACGAGUGCCCAGGAGAAAAUGAUGAUAAAAUCUAUAGUCACUAUGGACAUAAACACUCCGUUCUUAGUGACGGAGAAUGUCCGGGAGUUUGCAGACGGGGACAGUGCAGAGUUUGAGACGGUGUUUGUCCUCAUGGACUUCAACUCCUCAGACUACAGCUUUCUUCACAGGCAGGACAGCCGCAUUGUUGGGCCUCCUGUUGUCUUGCACUGUGCUGCGAAAGAAGAACCUCUGCUCUUCUCAUGCCGUCCUCUUUACUGCACUGCUAUGCUCAACCUGUCCCUGUGUCUAACAGGCUUCAGAAACAAAGACGAGAUGAAGAACUUGGUAAAUCUGGUCCAUCACAUGGGUGGAACAAUCCGGAAAGACUUCAGCACCAAGGUUACUCAUCUUGUUGCAAACUCCACCCAUGGAGAGAAGUACAGGCUGGCCGUUUGCAUGGGUACUCCCAUCCUCACUCCACUGUGGAUUCAGAAAGCAUGGGAAAGAAGAGAUGAUGUACAUUUUCAUGCAGGCCAGGAGGAGUUUCGAUCAGAAUUCAAAGUUCCUCCAUUCCAAGACUGUGUUCUGAGUUUUCUGGGUUUCUCUGAGGAAGAGAAGACCAACAUGGAGGAGAGGACUCUGAAGCAUGGUGGCAGAUAUCUGGAGGUUGGGGAUGAGCGAUGCACUCACCUGGUUGUGGAGGAAAACUCUGUCAAAGAAUUGCCAACCUCUUCCAAGAAGCUGUACGUGGUCAAACAGGAGUGGUUCUGGGGAAGCAUUCAGAUGGAUGCUCGGGCAGGUGAAUCCAUGUAUCUCUAUGAAAAGAAUGACAGCCCGGCUAUGAAGAAAGCCGUGUCGCUCCUGUCACUCACCACGCCGAACAGUAACCGUAAACGCCGCCGUCUACGGGACACUCUGGCUCAGCUCAGCAAGGAGACGGAGAUCUCCCCCUUCCCUCCACCACGCAAACGACCUUCAGCGGAGCACUCCCUGUCCAUCGGCUCCCUGCUAGACAUCUCCAACACUCCUGACACAUGCAAGGGCAUGACAGAGUCAAACAUACCUGUCCUCAAUCCAGAAGGCAGAGUAGGAGAAAGUUCUGUUAAGAGGAAUAGAAAGACGAGGAGGAAAUCCAGAAUCAGGACAGACAAGGAAGAGAGAAGGAAAGGGUCUCGCCGUAGUACAAAUAUCAGCCAACAUCCAGAGGAGCAGCAGCAGCAAGCAGACGGUGAAGAGAGUUCAACUCCGGUUCUUUCAAAGCAGUCGGCAAGGUGGCAGGUCUCCAAGGAGCUGUAUCAGACGGAAAGUAACUAUGUGGACAUCUUGAGCACUAUCCUGCAGCUUUUUAAGGAUCCAUUGGAAAAAGAGGGGCAGGUUGGGGGGGCCAUCCUCGCCCAAGAAGAGGUUAAGACCAUUUUUGGAAACAUCCCUGACAUCUAUGAGGUCCACACUAGGAUAAAGAACGACUUACAGGAGCUUCUCUCUGACUGGUCAGAAAACGGGAGCGUGGGAAACAUCUUUCUUAAAUAUUCUAAAGAACUGGUGAAAGCCUACCCUCCUUUUGUCAACUUUUUUGAAAUGAGCAAGGAGACGAUUGUUCGAUGUGAGAAACAAAAGCCACGUUUCCACGCUUUCCUGAAGAUUAACCAGGCCAAGCCGGAGUGUGGCAGACAGACUCUGGUGGAGCUGCUCAUCAGACCAGUGCAGAGACUUCCCAGUGUAGCUCUGCUGCUUAAUGAUAUAAAGAAACAUACAUCGGAUGACAACCCGGAUAAGAUCACAUUGGAGAAAGCAAUAGAUUCCCUUAAAGAAGUCAUGACUCACAUCAACGAGGACAAAAGGAAGACUGAAGGCCAGAAACAAAUCUUUGAUGUUGUGUAUGAAGUUGAUGGCUGUCCAGCAAACUUGCUUUCUUCCCACCGCAGUCUUGUACACAAAGUGGAAACGGUUGCUUUGGGGGACCAGCCAUGUGACCGUGGAGAACAAGUGACCCUCUUCCUCUUUAAUGACUGCCUUGAGAUUGCAAGAAAGAGACAUAAAGUAAUCAAUACCUUCAAGAGUCCACUGGGACAGACGAGACCACCACCUCCACUCAAACACAUAUCACUGAUGCCCCUAUCGCAGAUUCGGAGAGUCCUAGACCUACAGGACACGGAAGAGUGUGUGAAUGCGUUUGCUCUGGUGGUCCGACCCCCAACUGAACAGGAGAACUUGUUGUUCAGUUUCCAGCUGGUCGGGGAGGAAACUGUUAAAAGUGUCUGGCUGCGCACACUUUGCCGUCACGUGGCCAACACCAUCUGCAGGGCUGAUGCGGAGGAUCUUAUCCAGAUGACAGACCCAGACUCUCUACAGGUCAGCACAAAGGAUAUGGACAGCACACUGAGUAAAGCAUCCAGAGCCAUUAAGAAGACGUCUAAAAAGGUGACUCGAGCGUUUUCAUUCACCAAGACUCCAAAGCGUGCCAUCCAGAGAGCCUUCAUGGCCAGCACCACUCCUGACAAGAGAGGCCAGAGGCUGAGCUGUGAGAACCGAGUCUGCAGCAGCUCCACACUGGCUAUGUCUCGCUCUACAUCUACAUUUUCUUUGAGUGAUUCAGCAAAAUCCAGUGCCGUGGUUCAGCGCUCUAACUCUCUUGACCACCCACCCCUCAGAACCAGGGUGCCGGUCUGUAUUUGUACCCCAGCCCCAAGCCCUGGCAACAGCCCUUCUUAUCCUGCCCCUGAGAUCAUCCUCUGCUCUGGAAACCAAGAAUCCAAGCUGACCCCGGCAGCUCAGCCUCAGUCCAGCCUCUCCAUCCCCCUCACGUCCACAUUCGUAGCCCAUGAAACUUACUCUAAAUCGAUGCAUUCCCAGCCCAAGUCUGGCCAGCAUGUGUUUAGAUCUCCGUCCUCCAUUCGACUCCAGGGAAGAACUGCAGCUUCUCAUCAAGGCAAUGUCCAAACCAUGACCGUUUGUGAGCGCAGGGAUCCUGAGUACGUGGAUCCACACAAGGUCAUCAGCCAUCGCAGUGAGACGCUGCUGUAGACCACGUUCAGUUCAGGCCAAAAGUCUCGCGCGCAUCACUCGCCCUCAAUGGUCCAUCUGCCUUCCAUGUUUGAGAAGAAGUACCACACCUUCAGCCGUUCCACCACUCACCUGUUCUGAACCGCAUCACCUUGAAGCAGUGCUACCUUUUCUGUCUUGAGGUGUGACUCGUCCAGAGUCAUUAAAGGUCAUUCAUUAGAAAGUGGAAAGCCUUAGUUGGUCCAUGCCGGAUCUUUGGAUAAAUCCAGAGGAGCAUGUUUAUCUCGUGAACUCGCCGCUCCGGCGGAGUGGAGGAUGCUGAUAUUUCUCAUUAUCAGAAACUUUUCAGUAAGAGUAGGAUGAAAACAAUAUGCCAAUUGUUGGUCAUCCUGCAGCCUGAGGGAUUUUCAAUUCCCAUCAUGAAUGAUCAUGAAGCACCAACUGAAGUGGUUCGGUCCUGCUGGGACCGCCAGACCCGGCUGAGGUUUACCUGGCCUGCAAACGAUGAAGGACAUGGAUGAGUUGAUGGCUGUUGUGACUCCACUACUAUUAUUUUGAGGGGAGUUGAGGUUUACUGAUAAACAUCUUGAUCCAUUUAAAUUCUUGAAUUAUUUUCAAAUCAUUAAUUCAGUCUUUUGUUGCCCUUUUAAUUAACCCUCAUGGCAUAUUAGGCCUUUAUAUUCCUGACAUUUGUCUGUAGUAGAUUAGAAUAAAAUAUAUCCUUUUUAAUUACUUCUUCCAGUUAAAGGGUCUCUAAUGAGUGUAAACCUUUGGUGUUCUCAGCUUUUAUAAAGCUGUUUUUAGAAGUUAGACAUUUGCUUGGAGGCUUUGCUCAUCAUCCUCUCUAGAUAACUUUUACAUUUUUGUUUUAGAGGGGGUGCUGUGUAAUUGUACAAGAUUUUGUUUUCCUUUUAACUGCUAUUUAUGUUCAUUACACUUAUUUUUUAAUUGUUUGUGUUGUUUCUUAAUGUGUCUAAUUCAUUAAAUGCACUUGAACUUGCAUUCAGA